GGUUAUCUGACCGUAUCGAUCAAGCAUUAUUGUUCCGUCCCAACGCUCCACUAUUGAGCAGCCUAUUAGCUGUGAGGAAUCUGUGCACGGUGGGAAAACGAGGGUACCAAAAGACAAGAGAAUAGAGCCGACUGUUAACGUGAUCAUUAUUGAAAGGUGAUGAGCGGCAGAGGGAAAAGUGGGAGGGCAGAGACGGAGGGAGGGGACGGGAUUAGAGUGAGCGCUUCACCCUCUCCUCUCCUCUUCACCACUUCUUAAGUGCAAGCCAACAAAACCUCCACAUCAGUAUCAUUCAUCAGCCACAGCCUCGUGUGUGUGUGUGUGUUUUCCUUUUUGAAUGCGAGCCCAUUCAUAGAUAGAGAGAGAGGGAGAGAAAGAGAGAGAGAGAGAGUCCACAUCUGACAGGGUCUGCUCCAGCUGUGGUGCUCGCGUGGUGUGUGUGUCUGAGAGUGUGUGUGUCACACUGAAUAGAGGGAGAGGAGGGAUAGUGAGAGAGGGAGAGUGAGAGAGAAAGAGAGAGAGAGAGAGAGAGCAGACAGGCACAGAGGGAAAAUCUCGGGGGCAACAGAUCUGGUUUUUGCUCGGCUGUGAAGACCAAACGCAACGGGAUGGAUUUCUGCUUGACGUGAGGAACUGCUGCCUCACACACACACACACACAAAACAAAAAAGCCAGGAUGUCGGGGAUGGACGUCCUGCUGGUGGACCACAACGACACCGCCCUCCCUCCGGCGGACAACGGCACCUUCCUGCGCUUCUCCCCGACCUCCGCUUCCACGUCGGCGGCCGCCUCGUCGCCAGGGCGCCCGGGCAACGUCUACGUCUACGUGUGGCUCUUCCUCGGCCUGCUGGUGUUCCUGCUGACGCUGCUCAUCAUCUCCCUCCACAGGCUGAAGAACAUCAUCUCCUCCUCGUCCUCGGUCCCCGACUGCAGCAGCGAGGGGGGCAGCUCCUUCACCAACAUGGAGAUCUGCAGCAUCUCGUCUCAGAGGUCCACCAUGUCCUCGCUGUCCACCUGAGGCAGGGGGGCACAGAGGAGGAGGAGGGGGGAUGUGUGAGGGCGAGAGAGAGACACUUCAUGGCAUCACACUUAUACUGAAGAUGUGAUGUCUUGAAGGGUGAGAGAGACUCUGUGGCUGCUUUCAACAGUUACAAACCAAUGAACCUGAGUGACUGCUGCCCUUCUUUCCUCAACAUUCAUCUCUGGCACUGUACUUGUCACAUUCAUUAUAGAACAAAUUGACUUUUUUUUCCCAGCUUCCAUGUGAUGGUUUCCCCCAGCAUGUCUCCCUCCAGUUCAGGAUUACAAUAGAAUCAAAGGGCCGUUACUUUGUACUACAGAAACGCAUGCUUCUGCCUCAGCUGUUCAGUUUGUGAUGCAGUAACUCUCAUUAUUUUACUUUUACCCAAGCCACCUUGCUGUGGAUGUAAAGGGCGAGGGGGGGAGAGACGAGGGGGUUGUGUCUCACACUGCUGACAAGGCCAGGUCAGAAGUGGCAAAAAAAAAACACAACACGAUGAAAUUCUGCUCCCUGAAAGACAAGAUCCACUGGCGCGGGGGAUAAUACCCACUCCUCCUCUUCCUGUCAGGGAUCGCACGGCUGAAGCUACAGCGGCCAGAUGGCCUCUGCCUGAAAAAGACGUCGUUUUUACCCCAACACUGCGAGUGAUGUAGCUUUCUUUGACGCAGCAACAAAAAAAUAUAUAUAUAUACACAUAAGGCUCGUUCAUCGCUGCAACACGAGGUUCAGUAACAGAGCCGGCGACGAUGGCGUUGCAAGGGAGUCAGAUCUGUGCUCUUUCCUCACAAAUCCUCUUUGUUCUCACGGUAAUCUUUCCAGGUGAUGGUACCCCAUCAUCAGCCAAACUCUUUGGGUUUAGAGUCUGCCGGAAAAGCUUUAAUCAUGAAAACUGGCAGAGGGAGUCGCAAAACAUAAGUAUAUAAAAACCCAUCGGUCUGUUCCAAGUUGACUUACCGCAUCUACUCUACAACCCCGAUUCCAAAGAAGUGGGACGCUGUGUAAAACAGAAAUAAAAACAGAAUGUGAUUAUUUGCUGAUCUUUUUUUUGUUUUAUUCUUUUUGACGCCGACUCCAUAGAAAACAGUACACAGACGACACAUCUUGUGGUUUUGUUUUUAAACGGCAUCAGCUUCAUGGAUCCCUGUAAAUACACGGUUAUUUUGAUUUCGAUGCCUUCAAGACGUUUCAAAGAAGUCUGGAAAGGGGCAACAACACCUGUCUGGAUCAUUCAACAGGUGAACGGGUGGACUGGUCCUCGAACAGCUCAGUCAUUCGGGUCAAGGAUGGGGUGAGGUUCAAGACUUUGUGGAACACAUGACUGUAUCAAGGAACAUUUUGUAAAAAAAAAAAAACAAUUGCAUUUUGUUUCCAUUUACGCAACGUCCCAGCGUCUUUGUAACAUUGCUCUAUUAGUUAGGACUAGACACUGUAGAUUAUGGAUCUUUACUGUCUGAGUUUGUCAUGUACGUAAAGCCAAACACACUGGAGAAUACGAAAAAAGCAACAUUAUGUAACUUUUUCCACCUUACAGUAACAGCUUGAGAAUCAUUUGAUGGUACAGUUUCUCGUAAUUGGGUGGAUGGCGUCUCCGUCACAGAGGCUCUGUGGAUGAGUACCUUGUGAAUGUGAGCACAAACAAGUGAAAGCACACUUUUUUUUUUUUUUUAAAAAGGUCCCAUUUGAAAGAAAAGUUCAUUUUUGAGUCUCAUUUUCAAAUCGUCGCUGGUGCUAUGGAGGUGGCGACCGACCUGACGUACCAUCCCAGAGCGUCAGUAAUUGACGAGUUGGGAAUGACAGUCAAAAAAUCAGCUUUUCUUGUAAAUAGGACCUGUAAAGAAAAUUGUUGUCCAAAUACAGUUUCAAUCCACUUCAGAAUAACAUUGUUGCCAGAAAAAAAAAAAUACAAAAAUACAAAAAUAGGUUCAGCCACUGAUGAACCUGUAUGCACACCAAUCAAAUUUCAUAACGUCCAGGACCUUUUUGGUUUGAUGUAGCACAAAACAUGCACGUUUCAAAGUCAAGUCGUUUUCCAGUUAACCAAAAAAAAAAAAAAGAAAAAAAAAAAGAAGCAGAAUCAUUGUUUUAGUUUGCUGGUGUUGAAACAAACCUGUACAGAUUUUUUUUUUUGUUGUUUUAAAUUUGAGCUCUUUUUUUUGCCAACACAGACAGUGUUCGGUGGAGAUACAAAAAAAAAAAAA